AUGUGCCUGCCCACCUUCUCUCCAUCUCUAAUCCUAGAAUGGAACUCCCCACCCCCCUUGGAGUACUUUAAAUCCGAAAGGAUUUAUUGUACUGAUUCCUCGUGGCAGUUGUCCCUUCUGACUUUUGAGAAGCCCGGGUGGAGGGCUAGAAUUGUACCCCACUUUGCCGGAGGUGUUUUUCGCACCAUUUCCUUUUACCUCUCCAUUUUGUUGCCCGUAACCUCAAACACCGCCAUUGUCAGCUUACACCGCCUGUCUUACUGCUUUCCGGAUUGAAGGUCAUGUCGCAAGCGUCCACGCCGGUCGGCGGGGAACCAAGGCCUGGACAAGACGAGCCCAAUGAGAAGCCGGGGUUGGUUCAGGACAAGACAAAAACCCCGCCAGACGCCAACGGCCACCGCGACUCUGACGGUAAUGGCCCUGGCGAUGGCGACAUCGCCGAGUACCAGUACCCCAGCAGCGCGAAACUCACCAUCAUCACAUUCGCCCUGUGUCUAAGCGUUUUCCUGAUGGCGCUCGACAACUCCAUCAUUGCGACAGCAAUUCCGCGCAUCACGGACCAGUUCCACAGCCUCGAGGAUGUGGGAUGGUACGGCAGCGCCUAUCUGCUCACGACAGCGGCGCUGCAGCUCCAGUUUGGCAAUUUCUACACCAUCCUUAGCAUCAAGUGGACCUUCCUCUCAGCCAUUGGCUUUUUCGAGCUGGGCAGUCUCCUCUGCGGCGCCGCGCAGAGCUCGACCAUGCUCAUCGUGGGCCGCGCUGUGGCCGGCCUCGGUGCCGCAGGAAUCUACUCGGGCGCGGUUCUCAUCCUGGCCAACAGCGUGCCGCUAGCCCGUCGGCCCGCAUACAUCGGGUUGAUAGGUGGCAUGUACGGAGUUUCUUCCGUUGCGGGGCCGCUGCUCGGCGGCGCUUUCACCGACAAGGUGAGCUGGCGCUGGUGUUUCUACAUCAACCUGCCCAUCGGAGGCGUCACGGCCGUGCUCAUCGCCUUCUUUUUCCCCGAGACCAGGCAGCGCAGGCUGCCCGCUGAGCCGUGGCGCCGCCGCGCCGCGCGCUUUGACCCGCUCGGCACCCUUUUUCUCAUGCCCGGCGUCGUAUGCCUACUUCUGGCGCUGCAGUGGGGCGGAACCGAUUACACGUGGGCCAGCGGCCGCAUCGUGGCGCUGCUGGUUCUGGGCGGCGUGCUGCUGCUUGGCUUCGCCGCGGUGCAGGCGUGGCAGCAGGAGAACGCCACGGUGCCGCCGCGCAUCCUGCGCAGCCGCACCGUGUGGGCAUCGGUGCUGUAUGCCUUUGGGCUCGGCGCGAGCUUCUUCGUUGCCGUCUACUUCAUUCCCAUCUGGUUCCAGGGCGUCAAGGGCGACAGCGCCGUCGGCUCGGGCAUCCGAAACCUGCCCAUGAUGCUGUCGGCCGUGAUGUUGAGCAUCGUGGCCGGCAUCGCCGUGACGGCUCAAGGCCAGUAUGCGCCGUUCCUCAUCCUCGGCACCGUCUUGAUGUCGGUGGGCGCCGGUCUCUUGAGCACGUGGAUGCCGGAUACGAGCCAGGCCAGUUGGAUCGGCUACCAGGUCGUCUUCGGCGUCGGGGUCGGCAUGUGCCUGCAGCAGCCUGUUGUGGCGGUGCAGACGGUGCUAGGCAUCGACGACGUGGCCGUUGGCGCCUCGCUUAUCGUCUUCACGCAGUCCAUGGGCGGUGCCAUGUUCGUCUCCGUCGGCCAGACCGUCUUCACCAACCACCUAGUCCAGGCGCUGGCCCAAUAUGUGCCGGCCAUUGACCCCACGCGCGUACUCAACGCGGGCGCAACAGGUCUCGAAUCUAGCUUCUCCGCGGACGAGCUACCGGGUAUCAUUCUGAGCUACAACGAGGCUCUGACAAAGGUGUUUUUGGUUUCUACUGCCAUGGCUGCGUUUACCAUAUUCGGCUGCGUCUUCGUCGAGUGGCGGAGCGUCAAGGGGAAGCAGGUGGAAGUUCCUAUGGCUUGAGGAUCAACCAGAGGUUCCAAGGGCGCGGUGGCCAACGUGUCAAAUUGUCGCGUGUGUGGUGCUCCGGGUUCUCUGCGCAAAUUUAGUGGAAUCGAGGUCAAAAGAGGCUGAUUGACAAGGGAAGAAAGACGGAAGGACGGAAGGCCGGCAUUGUGCAAGUAUUAAAUCUGCUUUUUAGCAUGUAAGCCCUACGCCGUUGUAGGUAUAAUUAGAUCUGCGCCGCCAAUGCGUUGUUGACGCGCCUGUUCCUUGCCUAACUACUUCACA